UGGCCAUUGAUGACGCCAAUCCAGCCAUGCUUUCCCGCCUCGGGCGGAAUGAGUUUAGGCUGAGCCCUGGCAGUGUCGGAGAGUCGGCUACCGUGUUCAGAUACCCGCGGCUCUGACUGCGUCCCCACCGGCCUAAAGUACAGCAGAGCAGGGCAGCCGCUCCAACAUGGACAUGAAGAAGAGGAUUCAUUUGGAGCUACGGAAUCGGACGCCUUCAGACGUGAAGGAACUCGUUCUAGACAACUGCCGUUCGAACGAAGGAAAAAUCGAGGGCCUCACAGACGAGUUUGAAGAGCUUGAAUUUCUGAGCACGAUAAACGUAGGCCUAACAUCCAUCGCAAACCUGCCAACGUUAAGCAAGCUGAAGAGGCUUGAGCUCAGUGAUAACAGAAUCUCUGGGGGUCUAGAAGUGUUGGCAGCAAAGUGUCCAAACAUCACCCAUCUCAACCUCAGUGGCAACAAAAUCAAAGACCUCAGCACCAUCGAACCCCUGAAAAAGUUGGAAAGUCUGAAGAGUUUGGACCUGUUCAACUGCGAGGUGACGAACCUCAGCGACUACAGAGAAAAUGUCUUCAAGCUGAUCCCUCAGCUGACGUACCUGGACGGCUAUGACAGAGAGGACAAAGAGGCGCCAGACUCUGACACAGAAGCCUAUGGGGGGCAGGAUGACGAUGAUGAUGAGGUAGAGGAAGAGGAGGAGGAAGAGGAGUAUGAUGAAGAAGCAGCUCCAGGAGACGAGGAUGAGGAAGAUGGUGAGGAAGAAGUAGAAGAGGAAGAAGACAUCAGUGGAGAGGAGGAAGAGGAGGAGGAGCUGAAUGAUGGCGAGGGAGACGAAGAGGAGGAUGAGUAUGAAGAAGAGCGAGGACAGAAACGGAAAAGGGAUCCAGAGGAUGAUGAUGAUGAUGAGGAAGAAGACUAGGCCUGUCGGGCCUGUCAUUGGUCAUCUGCCUAUUUUAACCGUGUGUUGUUUUCAUGUUGCAGUGGGGAAAGGCCCAAUUUAGCUUACGGUGGAUGGGUUUUGGGGGGGGGGGGGGUUUGAGUCAAUUUACUGCUUUAUUUUUCUCUUCAAGGUUGCUUUCCUUUUUUCAUAUACCCUGAUAAGAAAUGUACAGUGCUCAUUGGUCAGAAUGGACAAUAUUCCAUCAUUAUUAUUAUUAUUAUUAUAUUUUGUGUUCCUGCCUAAGUAUGUAAGCAAGUUGCUGAUGGGUGGGUAUGUUAAAAAUCCCAGGAGCCUGAUUGAGUUCCUCUGCACUGUGUGGACGGCUGGUUUCCCAAACUCACCCGAUUCCAGCUCUUUUUUUUUGUUUUUUUUUAUAUUAUUAUUUUUUUCUUUCUUCCUGUGUGGCCAUCCUGCGUGUUUGAUGUGCUGUUACUGGGCCUGGAAAAAUGAGCCGCUCAGUCAGUCCGCACGGACAAUCCCGCUUGCGUCCUGUAACAGCUGCCUGCCGUCAUCACAAAACAGACCCUGAUUGGAAAGUUUGGGUAUUAUUUUUGUUGUAAAUAGUGACCAAAAUGUUUUCUAUAUUUUGAUAGCAGCAGAUGUUUUCAUUAAUUUUGAUUGUACCGAAUGUGUAUUAAAGUCGAAUCUAAAUGCUUUGUACUUAACAAGCAGGAAUCCCCAACACAGAGUUGACAGAAUAUGUAAGUUUAGAGGCUUUUCUGACAAAUAUAAACACCCUGAGCAUGACCUGAUAUUUGGGUUUGCUUUCUUUCAUUACUGUUCCUAAUACUGGGCUGUAUUGUUACCCCUGCAGUCGGAGUGGCUGUUGCCUGUCUGAUUUGAUCAUUCUCAUCCUCUAAUCCUGCGUAUGAACUUAACUGUGUGUCAUCUGUACAAAAAAAACAUAAUUUGGUGAAGCUUCCUCUUCUUGUUGGUGAGCCCUUUAAAUAAAUCCUUUUUAUAUACAUA